AUGCACUAUAUCCCUUCUCUUGUCGGCGUUGCCGCCCUGCUCGGCCAAUUUGGUCUUGCCAACGCUUUUGAGAGCGCCCGCGUUGGCAACGUCAUCGCGCACAUGGCUGAUGCGGGUGUUGACCUCCGCUGGCAGCCCAUUGACGACUUCGGCAACGAACACCUCAUUCUGGAUCUCGCCGACUACAAUUUCUACGAGGAGUCGCUUCUGGAGUCGGGCAAUGUAACCGAUCUUGUGGCCGUUGCUCCCGGCGGUAACCUCGCUGUACGCGAAUCCGCCACCGCCACUUGCUUCGGUUCCGGUUCUUGGGCUAAGCAUGCUACCAUCAUUGGUGUUGCCGGAGUGAUCUGCGACUCUUUUGCCUACGGUCUAGCAGAGGGUACGGUCCAGAUCGUCCGCAUCUGGAACGACCUGAACGGAAACCGCUUGAGGAACGAGGCUAAUGAUCCAAUGAUGGUCUACGUCCGCUUUGUCGUGGGUAGGACUCAGGUGUUCACUAAGGACACAUGCAACCAAGCCGUCAAGACUCUCGUCAGCAAGUACUGCCAGGGCAAGAACCAGGACACUCGUGGCGGAGAGCUUACGGUUAAGCGGAGCGAAGGUGGUGAGACCAUUGGCAAGAUCAUGGUUGACCCUACAACCGACAACUGCAACUGCUAG